UGGGGUUUUGUUGUUACUUGUUUUACCUGGACGUCUGCUUCCAGUGUUUGGUUGCAGCCGCCCCAGGUAUGGAGAGUUUUGAAAAACUUACGCGGCGUCAUGCUGUUAAAAUAGCAUCGAAUGCCAGUGUAGAGGUUUGUAGUUUAGCAGCAGGAGAAGUUGUAGGGCAUGACAAUAUUCUGUCAGCGGCCCGCAUGAACAAUGCGAUUGUGCUGUUUUUGGGCACGGUUGAGUUGGCUAAUGAGCUGGUUGAAAGGGGUUUAGUGGUUGACGGCAUUUUUACUGUCGUCCUUCCUCUCUCCACUCCAUCAAAGAAAGUGACUUUGUCAAAUGUUCCCCCAUUUAUUAAAGAUGAGGUUUUGGCUGAAAUUUUAUCACGGUAUGGUAAAUUGGUUUCCGCAAUUAAAAAGAUUCCAAUUGGAAGCAAAUCCCCACUUCUGAAACACGUAGUGUCGUUCAGGCGAUCCGUAUUUAUGAUUUUAAAAGAUAACAAAGAUGAUUUGGACCUAACUCUAAACGUGAAGGUGGAUAACUUCAGUUAUGUUAUCUAUGCUUCAACAAGUGUCAUGAAGUGCUUUGGUUGUGGGCAAUCAGGGCACCUUGUUCGUGCGUGUCCUAAGGCAAAGGGGAAUUCGAGUGAUGUGCAAAUAAAUCACGAAAACACCAGUAGGCCUAUGCCUAAUGAAAUUGUGGUAGAUGAGCAGUCUACCGAAAUGGGUGCGUCUACUGCUGCGAUUGCAGCACCCGCUGUAUCCAGUGGGCCUUCGUCUGCCUCAGCCGAGUCAGUAGGGGCAGAUCAUGCUUCCCUUUUGCGGGAAGAGGUUAACGGGGUAACCCCGAUUGAUAAGCCAGUAGGCCGAGAACAAAGUUCUCCCACAGAUGACGCAGUGAACGCAGAAUCUGAGAGUCAGUCCACACAGAACUCGCAGAGCAGUGCUUCUGCUGUCAAUUAUGACCAAGUUCUUGCGUCUCUAGAUGAAUCCCUCAUUGAGACGGAGGAAAAUGUUUUUAAAAUGCCCCCCAAAAGAAAGAGAUCUAAAAGGACUAAAAAGAGCGAUAAUUUAACAGAUCUUAGCGGCACAGAUAACGAAUACGAAAGUGAUUUCUCUGACUGUAGCGUUACCUGUAGCUUACGUCAUAGUGGGUUUGCUAGUUGCGAUUAUAGUGUGGAAGACAUAAAAUCCUUCUUGACAAAAACAAAACAUAUGAGAAAUGUUCGGAUUGACGACUACUUCCCUGAUGUGGAGCAGUUCACCACGAAAACGAAAUCUUUUUUGGAAUUGCUUCUUUAAAUUUAAAUGGGGCCAGGGAAAGAAGCAAGAGAGCCUUGUUGUUUGAAACGAUUAAGAAGAAUAGAUUUGAUGUGCUUCUUGCUCAAGAAACUCAUUCUGACGCCUCAAUUGCUGCUGACUGGGCAAGUGAGUUUGAUGGCCUGUCUAUUUUAAGUCACAACACUUCCAAUAGUGGUGGGGUUGCCAUUCUGUUUUCUCGGACCUUUACUCCCAUUUCCUACCAGACUGAGGAAUUAGUCAAGGGUAGACUCCUAAAAGUCAGAGCCCAAUUUGAAAACAAUUUCUUUGUUUUUUUGUGUGUUUAUGCACCCACUACACCAAUUGAUAGAAUGCUUUUCUUGAAUAUGCUAAAUGAUGCUCUACGCAAUUGUGAAUCUGAGGAUUUUUUACUCCUGGGAGGUGAUUUUAAUUGUACUGAAAAUGCAAUGGAUAGGAAUCAUGUAGAGCCACACAUGCCCUCACGCAGAAGACUCAUAGAACUGAUGAAUGCAAAUGAGCUUGUUGAUGUCUGGAGGAACUUUCACAGUACUCAGAAGCAAUACACAUGGGUUCACUCCUACAAUAACCUUUUGUCAUUGGCUAGACUGGACAGGUUUUAUGGUUUUA